AUGGCGUCAACCGCUCUCACAGUCCCGGAUGCCCGACCAAGUAGCGCAGCGAGGAUGGGAACGCCUCGUCUGGGGCGACCUCAAAGCGCAGCAUCGCCUGCGCGUGUAAGACCUUCCAGCGCCGUUCGGCAAAAUGCCCGGCCGCAAAGUGUUGCUCGUGGGUCGACGCGGGCUGGGACAUCCACGGCAACGGCAGCAGCCGCUGCAGCAAAGCCCUUGUACCCGAUCCCGGGGGACGUGGGCUACUACCAACGUGCAGACGUGAAAGGUAGAGUCAAGAAACCAAAAUUGGACAAAGACAUGGCCAAGCUCAAGGACCUGUUUGCUUUCUGUGAGGAUGCGAAUUUUCGGGAGGUACGGGCAAUGGUUUCUCAUUACCCAUACCUCCUGAGCUUGACAGAUGCACAUGGUUUCUCCGCGCUGAACCAUUCAGUGAUGUCUGGAGAGCCUUCCUUUGUUGCAAAGGUUCUGCAGUUGUACAGGGAUCCCAAGACGUUCUCCAUCAAAAACCUGGUGUACGAGACGGAGGAGGAGUUGAUGCGUGAUGUGGAGAUGGGUGUUGAGGUUGUUGGCCGGAAAUCCGAAAAUCAUGUUGAGGCCACCGUGGUUUCUAUCGGGAAAGGAACAAAAGCUGAAGAGGCUGGGCUGAUGCCUGGUGACAAGCUGGAGGCUUGCAGUGGAACUGGUUUCCUCAGCUAUCGUCAGCCACCGCCGCUGUCAACAGACAUUCUGGAAGCACUGAGGAGCAAAUACGUUUCGACUAGCUUUGGCUUCCCGGUCACGCUCGAGUUCAGAGGGAAUGCUGCUGUUGAGAUUCUGGCAAAGGAUGGAUGGACGCCAACUCACGGCGCUGCAGGCCGAGGGGCUCGUGGCGACAAGCAAGUCCUGUGGCAGCUCCUCGGUGAGGAGGACAAAGCGAGCCUGGUGCAAGACAUGACGGGAUGCACACCCGGACACUGGGCUCAGAUUGAGAAGCAGAUGCGACAGCGGGCAAACCGGCGUCCUUUGAGUGCAGGGCCAUGUGGAAGUGGUUGGAAGCGGCGGCCUGCAAAGAAGGCAUCUCUUCGACCAGUAUCCAAACCAGUGCUCGCACCGUCUUCUGCUGAUGCUGAGGAGAUUGUUCGCUCAGCAUCUCGCUUAUCGGCAGCACCAGCACCCUGCGUGAGUCGUCCAAUGUCUCCGGCAUCUCCCGUGGAUCGAAGUGCCAGGUUGACUGGUGUUUCUGGACGGACUGCUGCAGCUGAAGUCGUUGGUACUGGAAGAUCUGGAAGCAUCGGGGCAACUGCAAAAGAUUUGGCCAAGAUGAUGCAGCAGAGUGGCAACAAGCCAGGGCAUGUUGAGUUGUAG